UUUGAUUAAAUAUGGAAGUGAAAUGUUGGUGUCAAUUAAAAAGAAAUGUAUUUGAUAUAAGAUUUAAUAAAAUAUGAUCCCGAUAUGAGACUGUCCAAAGACAAACAACAUUGACAAGCAUGUGCCAUUGGAUGACACAAUGACUUUUUACAUUCAUUCUACAUAAAUUGAUUAUACAUUCCUCAAAAAAGUAGGAGAUUACAAAUAGAAUCAUGGCACAAUCCAAGGAUAAAAUGUCGGAAAUCGAUGACCACAUUGCCAAAAGAUUCGACAUCCAGAAAAGACUGGGAAAAGGUGCUUAUGGUAUUGUCUGGAAAGCUAUAGAUAGGAAAAGCAAAGAUGUAGUCGCGGUGAAGAAGAUUUUUGAUGCUUUUCGAAAUCAAACUGAUGCCCAGAGGACUUUCAGAGAGAUCAUGUUUUUGCAGUCAUUCAAAAAUCAUCCUAAUAUAGUUAAAUUGCACAGUAUUCAUAGAGCAUCAAACAACAAAGAUAUUUACUUGGGCUUCGAGUAUAUGGAGACUGAUUUACAUAACGUCAUUAAAAGAGGCAAUAUCCUUAAAGAUAUUCACAAAAGAUACAUUAUGUACCAAUUAUUGAAGGCCAUCAAGUAUAUACAUUCAGGAAAUGUAAUACAUAGAGACCUCAAACCCAGCAACGUUCUUCUAGACAGUUUGUGCAGAUGCAAAAUUGCUGAUUUUGGGUUGGCAAGAUCUCUGACUCAAGGUUCUGAGACGACCCUGAGUGACAGCGAUCCAACCCUGACCGAUUACGUAGCUACCAGGUGGUAUAGAGCUCCAGAAAUCCUCAUAGCCAACAGGAGGUAUACCAAGGGGAUUGAUAUGUGGAGUUUAGGGUGUAUUUUGGCAGAAAUGUCAGGUGGUAAGCCGAUAUUUCCUGGUACUUCUACGGUGAAUCAGGUGGAGAAGAUUAUGGCAGCCAUACCAACUCCUAGUCUAGAUGACAUCAACCAGGUCUGUAUCUCAGGCGUAGGCUCUUCCAUGAUCAAAAACGCCUCCUCCGUCUCAAAAACACCCAUUCAAUCCAUGUUAGGCUCCAGCGUGCCCCACGAUGCCAUAGCCCUAAUCAACCGCCUGCUAGUGUUCAACCCCCACAAAAGACUGAAAGCUGACGAAGCCCUAGAACAUGAGUACGUGGAAAAGUUUCACGAUAAAGAACGCGAGAUUGGCAUGACCACAAACGUCGUAGUACCACUGAACGACGAUAUAAGGCUCUCUGUGGACGAUUAUAGGAAUAAACUGUAUGAGUUAAUGUCCGCAGAUCACCAGCAACAUCGAAAUUCCUUGACAAAACCAGUCAGAAUCGUUAAACAACGACUUAUAACGCCAGAGGUAUACUCAAAAGUCACCAAAAACGCAGAAAAGUACAUUAGAUCCCAUGCAAAUCCAAAAGAAAGAGUGAUAUCACAUUCAGAACCAAAAAUAAACGCCAAAAACCCUUCCAGCGUAGUUCAUAUGGCCCAGGUGAAUCGCUCAGACUCCAAGGUAAUCACUGGAAAGGUUACCCAGGUACUGGAUAGAGGCAGUGUUGCCAGAGGAGGUGCUGGAGACUGUAAAGGACAUUUAAAAUCAUCCACCGAAGUUCCUAAACGACGGAUAACACCACCCAAGACGAAAUUGUACGAGUCUUUUAAUAGUUACAAUAAAUCUCAUGGAAUUAUUACUCAGAGCGCUCUGAUGGAAUUCAGGGCGGCUGGACUCAGAUGAGUACUAGUAUUUCGAGGGGGGUUUGGAUAUAUUUUGAGUUUUUUUAUAUUUAUACGCGUAUUAUGUACGGCAAUAUUUGAAUAAAACGUUUUU